CUUUAAUUGCGUUUUAUCUUUUAGUUUUGCUUUUCAUCAGCAGUGAUAUAAAAAAGCACAACAUUGUGAUAGUAUUAUUCAUUGUCGUUGUAUACAAAGUAUCAAUUAGAGUGAUUGGAGGAAAAAGCGCUUUUCAAAGGAGUUCUUCGGUAGGUAAACGAACAUGGAUUCAGAAAAAGAAAAGAGGGGAAAAUAUGUGGCUUCAGACAGCGACGACAGCAGUGACAGUCUGGAAAUCGAGUGCGACGUUUGCGAUAUGGACUUCACUAGUGUAAAAUCCUACGAGCAACACUUAAAAAGUAAGAAGCAUUACAAAAUGCUAGGCAAGAAAGAAACGAAAGAAAAGUAUAAAAAGUUGAAUAAAUUAAAAGACGAUGUUAAUGAUGAUCAGGAUUCAGAAUUCAGUUGCGAUGUUUGUGAGAAGGUGUUCAGUGAUUUCUCCCAAUAUAAAGCGCACAUGAAGGGCAGGGGACACUCAAAGAAUCUUAAAAAACUUAAACUAAAGGAAAAGUUGAAAGAGGUAGAAGGAAUAGUCGACAAGUUUGUUGAAAACGAAGAAGAUGAUAAUGAUGAGCUACUGGAAAAGCCAUUCGCUCAUUGCACUGCAUGUCAAAAGUCAUUCAGUGGCCCAGAAAAUUAUCAUCAGCACUUGAGAAGUUCAGCACACGAUAAAAAAAGCAAACAGCAAGCCCUUCUUGAAAAAUGGAAGAAGGACAGCCCAGAUGUAAAGUCUGAAGAUAACGAGGAAGAGGAGUACUUUUGCGAAGUGUGUGGUAAAUUCUUCAGCGGACCAAUACCAUAUGCCACACACAUGGAAAGCGCUAUUCACAAAAAGGAAGUAAAAAAGGCAAAAGUUGCUGAAGAUCUAAAAGAGUUUUACAUCCGUGAGGAAGAAGACGGAAAAUUUGUUUGCAAAGAAUGCAAAAGGUCUUUCAACGAUCCUAUAGCUUUGAAGAUUCACUUGAGAAGAAAUGACCACGAAAAGCAAAAAUCUAAAUUUGAUAUCAUGGCCCUGCUGUCAGCUCAUCCUGAAAUAAUUCCUAUAAAAUCUUCAGAGUAUUCUGAUGAAGACGGUGAGACCAGCGCAAACAGCAAGGAGGUCUAUGAUUUCCUGAUUUGCAAUAUUUGCCAUCUGAGUUUCAAUGGCGUUCCAAGUGCUCAGAAUCACGUAAAGAGUAAAAAACAUCUAAAGGUUAAGCAACAAAGGAAAGAAAUAAAAGCUUUGAAAAGGAAACUGAAGAAGGAGAUGAAUUCGAAUAUUGAAAACGGAAUGGAAUUCCUCGAUUCACAUAAUGCUGAUAAUUCAGAAAUGGUAUCUGGUGCCUGUAACGACAUUGCCGAUAAUGCACUAGGCAGGCUGAAAGAAGAAUGAACUUUUUCCUGAACGUACUUUAAAAUUAAUUUAGAACUUAUGUAUACGUAAUGACUAUAUAACCAUUUUAUUAUUAUAAGAAACAGAUUGCAAAAUUAUAAAAAAUUUUAAAGCUAGAAUUUACAUUAUGAUACUCCAUAUGUCCUUAGCAAAGAUUUGUAUGUUUAAUUAAUUGUAAAUGUAUUUAGUAUUUGAAUUCUACUAUAUUAGAAAUAUGAUUUUUUAA